AUGGACUCGGUGCCUACAGAGCUCGCGUCCACUAUCCAGUCCGCGUCCAUCAAGCGCCACCCGGACGCGGCCCUCGACGUCAACCCGCCUACAGCCGCCUCGACGAGAGAGCCCGUGAUAUUGCAGAGCCUCAAGCACGGAAGCGACGACGGCAUCGACGAGGACGAGGAAGAUAUCCCAUACAGCGUCCUCCGCCCACAGCCGCGACACUACAACCUCCCUCCCCUGCCGGACCUGCGCUUCGAGCAGAGCUAUCUCCGGAGCAUCUCCAAGGCGGACACAUGGUGGAAGGUGGCGCUCAUCACGACGAGAGAUCAGGUGCUCGGGUGCGGCGAUGGUGGUGGGGAGUGA